AUGCGUGCUCUUCAAUCACUUGGUGUCAAUCACACUGGGUUGUCACGUCUACUCUCAAUUCGUUUGUAUCGCCAGUUUAUUCGUCCACAAUUUGAGUAUGGCCUGGCAAUAUCCUGCUUCAACAUUAAACAAGUUGCUGUGCUUGAAAAGGCCCAGAACACAUGCUUACGCAUGAUUUUUGGAGGUCACUCCACAUCUUCUACAUCUGUUUUCCGUCACCUUGAGAAUCUUCCUAGCAUGAGGGAGAGGAUCUUGACUCUUGGUUUCAAGUUUGUAUAUCAUGCUUUCUGGUUGUCUGAUGAGGCUCUGUUUACUCUUCUUCGACCUGUUCUUACAAACCCAGCACACCAAUGGUUUAAGCUUUUAGCUAAUCCCAUUUGGUUGUCUCUCUCCAAUCAUCAGAAUGCUGAUUCUAAAGCUUGCAAGCAUGCCAUUCGUUCAUUUUUGAACCAGGGCCUCUUCUUGCAACGCUCUCAACAAAUACUUCUCUCUGCUUGCCGUUCUUCUCUUGGUGUUGACCCUAUUCUCUGGCUUCCCAUGACUAACUAUGAACGUAGUAGAUUCAUACGUUGGCGUAUGGGGUGGCUUCCUGGACGUCCUCAACCUUGUUCCUGUGGAUUGCAUACCACCAGCCAUCAUCAUGUCAUUGAGUGCACUGGAGCUGCAAUUCGUCUCCAUCUCUAUUCUACAGUACAACCCAAUCCAAUUGAUUAUGUACUCAAUAUGCUGCCUCUGAAGAAACUUAAAAACAACAAGAACAAUGCCUUCUGGAUCUUUACUUGGCCAAUUCUUUGUAGAAUCAUGUUGGACAUAGAACAGAUCUGUCUCCCUGGAGUUGAUCUUGCUGAUCAUGCUGCAACAGACAGAGGACAACUCUUCUUGAACUGGCUACCCAAAUGA